CUCAUGAAUCACUUGUUCUUCUUGGAGGAGUUCGCUAAAUACACUCAAUGUCCUUGCCGUCAUAAUAAAUCCUUCACGAUUUAAACUGUGGUACGAAAGUGCUUAUUCAUUUCUAAAUCCAAUCACUAUGACGCGCUGCGGACCAGCAAUGAGAUAAGUUAGAAAUAACAAGGAAACAGAACGGGAAAACCCAAGUUUGUUUUCGGUCAUUCAGGCUCUCGUCAUGUCAACUUUCAUAUCUCUUCCUGUCAAUACUGGCAGUUCGUCUACGGUCUGAACAUAGGAUUAGAAUUAGGAAUACAUGUACCUCUGUCUAUUAGCAACACUAUACUAUCUGGUCUCGAAUAUGAAGUUAACAAGAGAAGAAACGGUGUAUUUUGUUAUCCUCACUAUAGCCAUCUUGUCUUCUGAUAGAGUAAAAAGUCAGGGGUCCUCCCCCACAUGGCACAGACUAGAUGAUGCAGUCUAUCUCGUGGAGAGCUCCACCGUGCUAUCAUUCGAUCAGGCGCAGUCUCGGUGUCAAGAAUACGAAUCAAAUCUGGCCAAAGUUGACUCCGAUGAGAUUCAGGCUUUCUUGACGACAUUCAUCACCCCUCCGCUCCGAGAUACCAGAUGUUUUUGGAUUGGUGCAACUGACAGAGUGGAAGAAGAUCAGUUUAAAUGGCUUGAUGGAACAUUAGUGACAUAUGACGGCUGGGCACCAAGACAACCAGAUAACUACGGAGGUAAUCAAGACUGCGCAUGUCUCUGGUCUAGCACGAGAGAAGACAGACACGGACAAUGGGAUGAUAAUAGGUGUUCAUCUAAGGGGAAUUUCAUUUGCCAGAGAGGACUUUACGAUUUCGAAUUCACAACCCCCCGAACCAAUCCGGGAUUCGCCCUGGUCUACUGCGCCGUCGACGUUGAUUCCGAAGGAGAAACACUGUUUCCUGAUGACGUCAAGCUGUCCAUCGGUCCAACACUUUCAUCCUCGAGGCCGAUUUCCUUCUCAUCCACAAGCCGCGACGGUGAAUUCCGUAAUAACAGUUUCCUCUUCAGCAACCUAAGUGAGACUGACCAGAUUUUCUGUUACGUGGGCGAGUUACCGAGUCAGUUGGACUCUUUUUCACUUGCCAUCGUUUCUCCAGAAUUCAAUUUUUAUGCUUUACCACAACUCACCACCGGCCCAAUAGCAGGAGAGAUCACAUCGUCAUCAAUAACGGUCUUCUGGAGCCAUUGGACAUCAUCUUUUGACUCCGGUGAUGGACCGGUUGUUGGUUACCUCGUCUAUCUGCAAACUGCCGUUGAGGACUGGACAGAGGCCGGUGGAAUAGAUUCAGAAUUGGAAGACGGUGAUCCCAAACGAAUCAUCGAGUUUUUAUUGACUGGGUUGGACCCUGGAACUGAAUAUAACAUCAGUGUUUCUGCCGUCAGAGAAGGUCCGGGUGGAGAAGGUCCGAGGGGUCCUCUUGUGUCUGUCAAAACUACUUCGUUAAAUGGUAGUGCCUUUCAGGGAGACUCUCGUCGCGUCUGGAUUGCUUUAUUUCUGGUUUCAUUAUUCGGAAAUAUCAUUCUUCUCGCUGCUCUGGUGGUUAUGUGCAAGUGGAGGCAGGAGAAGCAAGACCUGUCUCACUUACGUGCUGCCCCAGCAAGAGCAGUGGGAGCACGAGGAAGCGACCCAAAGAGCUCCCAUUACGAGCUACCUCAACAAAGUGGAGUCGGGCACGAAUACCAGGGUCUUAAGGUGACUGGGAGCAGCGCUGAUGAAUACCAAGGUCUUAAGAUGACUGGACGCGGCGCUGUUGAACAGGUAUAUGCCGACAUCGAAGAUCCAGAUAAAAACUACAUCAAUAUCCCUUCUUAAAGACAUCGGAUACCAUUUUACUACACAUAAAAAAUAACAAUGAAAUUCCGAUUUCAUACAGCGUUUAUACAUCGAAGCGGUAUCUCUACGCGAUUUAUAGGUACUGUACUAUUACCCCGGUCAUCGGAUCCUGGCAUAUACCUUUCUUGACUCCCUGGUGAGCAAAGAGAUUUUUAUUUUCAAUUGCUUUGCAAUACCACAUAGACUUUUGCAUCCUACCGUAUAUCUCUUUAACAGCUGGAUGGAGAGUGACAGUUUGGGUAGAUGCCUUGCCAAAAGGACGCUCGGCCGCGGUGGGAUUCGAACACUUGACCAUCUGAAAACAAGGUGAGAGUCAUGCAGAACCGGCUACACCAGUCCUCGACGCUUCCGUUUAUAAAGGUCUUGUUAAAAACAAAAAUCCAGAACCUUGAUGUGUGUUGUAUUUAAUAUCGCUGGUAUGGAUUACAAAAGGAACAUGGAAGAAAAAUUGACACUUUCAAGAUGAUAACUGUGAGUGAAAAAAUAUCACUAUCAUUUAAUUAAUUUGCUGGGGAGUAACAAAUACCUUUUAUGGUUUUGGAAUACUAUAUGGAAUAAAGUUGGGAAUGGUGUUUCCACU